CCUUUAAGCGUCAGGGGCUGGGAGCCACCUUCUACAACCUGAGGUUUGACCAUGUCGCGCCUGAAGCGAUCUUCGGAGCGGGAUUCUCGUGCUGGUUUCCGAACUGAGGGGAGAGACUGCACUACCUCAGUCCCCCAGGGACUAUUAAAGGCGGCCAGGAAGAGCGGCCAGUUAAACCUGUCGGGUAGGAACCUCAGUGAAGUGCCUCAGUGUGUCUGGAGAAUAAAUGUGGAUGUCCCUGAAGAAGCUAAUCAGAAUCUUUCAUUUGGUGCUACUGAACGAUGGUGGGAACAGACAGAUUUGACCAAACUAAUCAUAUCAAACAAUAAACUUCAGUCACUUACAGAUGACCUCAGACUCUUGCCUGCACUGACUAUUCUUGAUAUACAUGAUAAUCAGCUGACAUCCCUUCCUUCUGCUUUGCAAGAACUAGAAAAUCUUCAGAAACUUAAUGUCAGCCAUAACAAACUGAAAAUGCUCCCAGAAGAAAUUACAAACCUAAGAAACCUGAAAGGCCUGUAUCUCCAGCAUAAUGAGCUGUCUUGCAUACCAGAGGGAUUUGAACAACUCUUCAAUUUAGAAGAUUUAGAUCUUUCCAAUAAUCGUCUUACAACUAUUCCUGCCGGAUUUUCUUCACUAUCUAGUCUGGUGCGACUGAAUCUUGCCAGUAAUGAACUGAAGAGUUUGCCUGCAGAAAUAUGUAGAAUGAAAAGAUUAAAGCAUUUGGAUUGCAAUUCAAAUCUCUUGGACACUAUACCUUCUGAAUUGGCUGGCAUGGAAUCAUUGGAAUUACUUUAUUUGAGGAGGAAUAAGUUACGUUCUUUGCCAAUAUUUUCUUCUUGUAAAUUACUGAAGGAAUUGCACUUGGGUGAAAACCAGAUUGAAACAUUAGAAGCAGAACACCUAAAACAUCUGAAUUCUAUCCUUGUGCUAGACCUGAGGGAUAACAAGUUAAAAUCUAUUCCAGAUGAAAUUACACUAUUACAAUCUUUGGAAAGACUUGAUCUAAGUAACAAUGAUAUUAGUAGCCUUCCCUAUUUAUUGGGAAAUCUUCACUUGAAAUUUUUGGCACUAGAAGGAAAUCCUUUGAGAACCAUUCGAAGAGAAAUUAUAAGUAAAGGAACCCAAGAAGUCCUAAAAUAUCUACGGAGCAAGAUCAGAGAUGAUGAACCUACCCAAAGCGAGUCUGUUACUGAGACUGCCAUGACACUACCGAGUGAAUCAAGAGUCAAUGUACAUGCCAUAACCACCUUGAAAACGUUAGAAUACAGUGAUAAACAAACAACUUUGAUUCCUGAUGAAGUGUUUGAUGCUGUAAAAGACAACAUUGUGACUUCAGUUAACUUUAGUAAGAAUCAGCUAUGUGAAAUUCCAAAAAGGGUUGUGGAACUAAAGGAAAUGCUCUCCGAUGUCAACCUCAGUUUUAAUAAGCUAUCCUGUAUAUCACUGGAAUUAUGUAUGCUUCAAAAACUGACUUUUUUAGAUCUCAGAAACAAUUUUUUAAGUUCUUUACCUGAAGAAAUGGAAUCAUUAAAAAGAUUACAGAUGAUUAAUCUUUCCUUUAAUAGGUUCAAAAUACUGCCUGAAGUUCUCUAUCGCAUCUCCAAGCUUGAAACCAUUCUGAUUAGUAACAAUCAGGUUGGAUCUCUGGAUCCUCAGAAAAUGAAGAUGAUGGAAAACCUGACUACACUGGACCUUCAAAAUAAUGACCUCCUACAGAUUCCACCAGAACUCGGUAACUGUGUGAGCUUAAGAACAUUACUCCUAGAUGGAAAUCCAUUUCGUGUUCCUCGAGCAGCCAUAUUAAUGAAAGGAACAGCUGCUAUCCUGGAAUAUUUGAGAGAUCGAAUUCCUACAUAAAAUGGCAUUGUUUCAUAGUCCUGGCCAGGUUCACUGUUAGUAAGAUAUGGUAUUUUCUUUUUGUAUCAUCCUAAACUCAUUAGUAUAAUUGAGCUCCUAGUUUCCUAAUUAUCACCUAACCAAUGGUAGAACUAUUCUGGGCUGUGUUCACUGCCACAUAAUAUUUUUACAUUUACAGUUUUUAACAUUGUUUCUUAAGAUGCUGUGUACAUUUAAAAUCGUGAUAACCACAUAUAUGUUUUUAACAUUUAUUCUCAAUGU